GACUCGUGUCGCACACUCGCAUCUGACAGUCGGGUCCAACUGACGGUGCUACGUCGCAACCCGAGCUCGAGCCCUGGACGCCUCCUCGGGCUCCACCGAGCGCUCGAGCCCCGACAGCUGCGCUCCCGUGCUCCUCCUCCGCCCCCAAAGCAGCCGGUUGCCGGCGCUCCGCCCAGCCUCCUGUCCGGCCGUGGACUUCUUCGUGGGGGCGGCUACCUUCUUAAGGAGCUGCUGGUUUCCAUGUGAUACCUGCUUCUACCGAUGGUCUUUGUGCUGAAAGCCAAAUAAUUUGAGCGAAGCGGUAAUGAUGGAAGAGGUUCAAAACUGUGUGGUGAAGCUGCGGAGCAAUCCUAGACGGCACAGGGAUGAAGUGUACGUUGGCUGUGGGGCUGGAUUUGGGGGAGACAGGCCAAUGGCUGCUUUAAAAUUACUGCAGAGGGUCAAGGAGCUUAACUACCUAGUGCUUGAGUGUUUGGCAGAGCGGACUCUUGCAGAUCGGUUCCGAAUUAUGGUGUCAGGGGGCAAAGGAUACGAUCCUCGAGUCAAAGAGUGGAUGUCUGUACUACUACCAUUGGCUUUUGAACGGAAAGUUUGCAUAAUAACUAACAUGGGUGCAAUGGAUCCUCUUGGAGCACAGAAAGAAGUACUGAACCUGGCAUCUAUUUUGGGACUGGAGAUAACAGUAGCUGUAGCUUAUGAAUCAUCCUUUAAAACUCAAGGAAGCCCUCUAUCAUCCAAUGAAUCAACAGGGCCGGGCGGGGGAAGAAGCACAUACCUUGGGGCAGCAUCCAUUGUACAUUGCUUGGAAAACUAUAAACCACAUGUUGUCAUUACUUCUCGUGUUGCUGAUGCUGCGCUCUUCCUAGCACCUAUGAUCUAUGAAUUAGGUUGGAACUGGAAUGAUAUGGAGGAGUUGGCACAAGGGACAUUAGCUAGCCAUCUUUUAGAAUGUGGCUGCCAACUCACUGGAGGAUAUUUCAUGCACCCUGGAGAUGAAUAUAGGGAUUUUUCUUUUGAGCAACUUGUGGAUUUGUCCCUUCCAUAUGCCGAAGUUAGUUAUGGAGGAGAAGUUAUUGUCGGUAAGGCAGAUGGCAGUGGUGGUCUUUUGAGCCACAGUACUUGUGCAGAACAGCUUCUUUAUGAAGUUGGAGACCCAGCAAACUACAUUACUCCUGAUCUGGUUGUAGAUUUCUGUAAUGUGCAGUUUCACCAAAUAUCAACAGACAAGGUCCAAUGUGAAGGAGCGAAACCAUCUGAUGCUUGUUACCCUGAGAAACUCCUCCAGUUAUAUCCUACUGAAGGUGGAUGGAAAGGCUGGGGUGAAAUAUCUUAUGGGGGGCAUCAAUGCUUAAAGCGAGCUCAAGCAGCAGAAUACCUUGUUAGGUCGUGGAUGGGUGAAAGAUAUCCCGACAUUGAUGAAAAAAUUGUUUCAUACAUCAUGGGCUACGAUAGUUUGAAAGCUAUAGGAAGUGAUAAGGAUAGUUACUCGUCCAAGCAAGUAAUAGAUGCUAGACUUCGGAUGGAUGGCCUCUUUGAGCUUGAAGAGCAUGCUGUUCAGUUUGUUGAAGAAUUUAUCGCACUAUAUACAAAUGGUCCUGCUGGUGGUGGUGGCAUCAGUAAAGUCAGGACUGGUAUAAAUUCCAAUGAACCAAUGAACUAUGACACAUGCAAUGGACAGAGGAAGGAACUGAUUCUACAAAAGAUGCUGGUUGACCGGGAAAACAUCUUCUGGCGAGCGCAUGCAAAGAAGGCAAGCAUUCCUUGCCUGCAGAAUCAGGCCAUGGAUUCUGAAACGGUUCAGAUGCAUAUUUUACAAUCACAAAAGAACCCAACAAGUCGCGCAAUGGGCAGUCAACACAUUAACACAAGCAUGGGGACACAACUAUCCCCUGUUCGUGCUUCACCUGGGAAAAAGAUUGCCCUUUACCAUAUAGCCCACAGCAGAGCUGGUGACAAAGGGAAUGAUAUUAACUUUUCUAUCAUUCCUCACUUCCCUGGUGACAUUGGUCGGCUUAGGGUAGUGAUCACUCCCGAUUGGGUGAAGAAUGUUGUUUCACCUCUACUUGAUUUGUCGUCUUUUCCUGAUGAGCGAGUGAUUCAGCGUCGAAUCAAUCUACUUGAGCUUGUUAGUGUUGAGAUUUACGACGUCCCAGGCAUAAGCUCUCUGAAUGUUGUGGUGAGGAACAUCUUGGAUGGUGGUGUGAACUGUUCAAGAAGGAUUGAUCGGCAUGGAAAGACCCUGUCAGAUCUGAUAUUGUGCCAAGAAGUUGUCUUACCCCCAUGAUCGAUUGCCCCACCCGAUGUGGACUCGUGUGAGAACUUUUAGACCCUGUGGAAUAAACUUGGAAUACUAGUGGCACAGGCGAGGCCGAUUAACGCGGUUGUUGUACUUAUUCAUGUAUGCAUGUACUGUAGUGCCACUAGCAGAAUGACCAUGUGUUGCUACAGUUUAAUAUGAAUUGCCAUACUUUUUACUAAAACUCA